AUGCCCGCGCCGCCGCUCUCGAUUAUCCAGUCGCUGAGCCCGCGGGUUGCGGUUCUCGCGUCCGACGACGUGGCAGAUUCGUGUGCCGCAAAUGGCUGCCGCGGGCUCAACGAGCUGCUCCGUCCAUGGGAGGGCGGCACAGAGAGGGUUUCUGUCCUCUCAUCGACCUUAACCCCAACAGUGCACCCAACAUUUCCCCUUCGUUUCGUUUCCUACGCGUCCGUCUAUGCCAACCCGGCACAGGCCUCAAUAAACCCCGACAUGGUGGUUGACCUUGUCGGCUCGUGUGUGGGCAAGCACUCGCCAGACGAUGAGAUGCAUUACCCGACGACACGCGCACUGCUGUUAUCGUCGCGUCCGUUGGCGCCUCACGAGACAUUCAACCAUCCUGUCGGCGUGCUGUUCGCCAUCUCGACAACCACACCGGACCCUAUGACCACACUGCAGCGCCUGUACGGCCAAGCAGUCGGUACUGGCGCCCAAGCUGCACCCUGGAUGGACGGCGUGCAGGUUCUCAAGUUCUUUGUCGUCGUUCACGACGUGUCCAAGGCCGGAGCAGACCUCGAGGGUGCCAACGAGCUGCUGGCCCUGGUCAAGAAGGCAUACGGUCCACACUCGACCUUGCUCGUUAUCAACUCGCGUACACCCUCCGACUCACAGCCACCGACAGCUGAGAGCGCGCCUGUCACCUCCAUGAUCCCGCGCAAGCCCGAGAUUACCGACCACGCAUCGAUCGUUAAGGCCUACGCGGCCGCCAUGUCCAACCUGACAUUGUCGCCCAUGGCCGCAGCUGCUGAGAGCGGUGGCCAGGCUCCGAGGUCGUAUGCGCAGCGACUGUCCUCUGAGGAUGUCGAUCGUCUCAUCGCUGUCGUACGUGAGCUCGUCGUGCAGUCUCUAGUCCCCUGGAUGGAGGCUCGUGUCCGCGAGUGGAACGAGGCGUACCAGUCCAACCGCCGCGGUCUGACCGGACGCCUCUUCGGUGCUGGCCGCAAGCUCUUUGGCACCAGCAGACCGUCUUCACCGUCUCCCGCUGCCGGACACGCAGUGUACAAUCCGGCCAAGGGUUUCUACCCCGUCAACUCUGUCGAGGCUCUCGCUCGCCGCUUGGCCGACUUUUCGUUCAUGCUUCGCGACUAUCGAUACUCGGCCAGCAUAUACGACAACCUCCGUCGCGACUAUACCCAAGACCGGGCAUGGCGCUAUGUGUCAGCCGCGACUGAGAUGCACGGCCUGGCGACACUGUUGUCGAACGGAUACUUCCACCCGGGCGUGCAGCCCGGCAACCCCACCCCACAGACGACGUUGCAGCAUUCGGACAUUUGCGCCUCCCUCGAGCAGGCCGUGACCACGUACCUGGGUCGCACGGGCGGUGUUGGAGCUGUCCAUCUCGACGCUUUGCGCGUGACAGUGCUCUACUACGAGGCAUGGAAGGCGCUCAACGAGUGGCGUGGUGUCGGGGCCUUGCUCGUCCGCGCCGCAGGAGAAGCGGAUGAGGUGCCGUGCGCUGUCAUCGUCGAAGAGGCUGCCGCGGCUGAUGUCAAGGGUGGCAAGAGCCAGCGUGGAAGGAGGAGACAGGCGUUCCAUCUCGUCAUGGCUGCAAGGAGGUACGAAAAGGCAGGCCUGAAACAAUACUCAAGGAGAUGUCUCGCGCGCGCCGCCGACCUCAUGCGCGAUGCUCCCUGGGCCGCCGCAUGUGAACGUAUCGAGUACUCGCUCGGCCGGCAGGCAUACACGCUCGGCGAGAGUGCCGUUGCCGUGGAACACUUCCUGGGUCUGCUCCAGCGCGACGAGUCGUCGGCGUUCGGCGCACAGGGCAUGGUUCUCGAGGACAUGGCUCUGGCGUACGAGCAGCUGGUCGCACAUCCAGAACAGCUGGCUGCCGCCAAGGACCGACUCCGUCUCCCCACGCCCCUGUUUGACGCAACCAAAACGCGUGUUGUGCUGCCGGCUGAAUCCAGCGCGAGCGCAGUGGGAGAUGCUGAAAAGUGGGCGGCCCUUGACACUCAAGCUCUUGCACACUGGGACCGCAAGGGCAAGAAACCCAUGAGCGUGCUUCCGGACACGCGUCGUAUCGUCGCUGCCGUCGGCGAGACAUUACAUGUUGAGCUCACAGCCAGCAACCCCCUCAACGCCACCGUGGUCAUCAAGGACAUUACGCUGGCCGUGGACGGCGCUGCCGUCGACGUCGAGACCGUCCCCGAGACUGCACUCGAACCAUACGAGACACGCCAGGUGGCCGUGGCCAUCACCCCGACUGCUGCCGGAACGUUUACGAUUGCCAGCGCGAGCUGCAUGUUCCACCGUUUCUUGCCUGUGACCGAGAACCUGGCCAAGCGCGGACGGAGGCUGCAUGCCACAAAGGCACAGCGCCUUACGCCAACGUAUGCGCCCGACUCGAGCCUGACUGUCCACGCUGAAGGUGGCGCGCCCCGUGUGGCUGCCGAGCUCAAUGUUCCAGAGGUCAUGUUUGAAGGCGAAGUGGUGCACGCCACCCUUCAGCUCCGGAACGCAGGGACUACAGUCGUGGAGAAUGUGCAGCUCGUGUGCUCCCAAUUUGGCGUCGUGGAUCUGGACACGGAUACCCCGCACAGCGAUACCCCGGCAUCGAUACCGAACACGAUCUCCGCCAACGGCCCUCUCACAGUGUAUCCGGGGAGCAUCGCCGCCGGCGAGAGCGUCAGUGUCCCUGUCCGCAUCACCGCCCCAGCACCGGGCGCGCUGGAACUCCUCGCGCUCGCAGUGUACAGCGUCCCCGACGGUCCUUCCGCUGCCACGCGCCUGAGCGCAAAGGUCGAUGUCAAGCGUCUCUUGACCAUUUAUGCCGACGUCUCUCCCGCCCGCACGGGAUACCUCGUCACCCUUGAGGUGACCUCUCACGCUGCCGACCCCGUGACACUCGGUCAGAUCACACCAGUCUCCGAGUACUGGGAGCCCCGGGGUGACAUCACCUCGCACGGUGUCCUUUUCCCCAACCAAGUCUUCCGUGCUGUGCUCCCAGUUGUUGCGCGCGAGGACGUAGGGUCGCUGGACCUCACUCAGACCGGCUUGGUCGCCAACCUCAACCGCGUACUCAAGCACGACGACCGCCUGGCCCCGAUUUCCCCCGAGACCGUCUCCAUCUGCGUGCCAGAGGGCUACAUUGCCUCGCGCCGCGCCCACCGCCUGCGGUUCGCGGCUGCCUUCUUCCCAGCUUUGGCUACACACCUCGUCCCGCGCGUUCUGCCCCUGUUUGACCCGCUCGACCUCGACAUUGACGUUGCGUGGACCAUCAGGAGCCCCACGACGGCUCCCGACUCGUCUGCGUCUACUCUCACGCAGCAGACCCGCCGCGGCCACGCAAGCGUCCACGGUCUCACCCCAGCGCCGAGGUUCAGCCUUGUUGAGUCGCUGCGCAGCGAGGAGGACACGCCGGCCAAGAGGACCAUGUACGAGGAGACUGGGCGGCUGAGGCAGGUCAUGCUUGAUUCUGUUCUCGACGGCGUGUACGCGAGCGAGCAGGACCCAAUUGUCGUCCGUGCUCGCGUGCCCGGAGCCAAGAGUGGAAGGGUGACGCACGACUUUGCAGAGGGUGCUCUCGUUCUCCCACUCUCGAUCGAGCUGCAGAACCGCUCCCCGGUGCUGCCAACACGCUGGAUCGUGCGCCUCCCCACACCGAACACGCCCACACCUACACCUGGAGUCAACCGCGCCCCCGGUUCCGACACGGUGUAUACUGGCUCACUGAGCCAGCGCGGCGUGCUCCCGCCCAACGGUACCGUUGUAGUGGACACGGGGGUGUGGGUGCCUGAACCGGGGCUGGUCAGUCUGGGCGGGUGGGAGAUUGCGAGGGAGACGGGUGAGGGCGACCAUAAUGAUGAUGACGGGGUUACUUGGGCGCCGCGCGCCGCGUGGAUGGGCCUGGGCACGGCGCCCGGUGUGGUGGUUGUGCAGGCGUGA